AUGGGUGACGAGCAUGACUCCGUGUUUUUCCAGCAUGUUGCGCUGCUCACGCAGGAGUACUCGCGCCUGCGUUCUGAGAACCAGAACCUUCAGCACGCCUUGGCUCAGCUGAGCCAACACGCUAAGGACGUGGAGACAUCAGCAGUUUCACCUGUCCUGCUGGCAGAGGCUUUCCAUGGGACCGAGGACAACCAGGUCACUGAGGUCACCGAGUCAACUCAGGCAGAGCAGAUCAUUACCGAAACUGAGACUACAGUCGGAGACCGCGUGCGUUUUCAACAGGCGGCGAACACGCUGAGUAACAGCAUGGAUUCGCGGGCCGCUUCCAAGAUCGACUGGGAUAUCAUGCCAGAAACGAAUAUGGGCCGGCACGCGAUCUUCAGCCAGGGCCAGCGCCUGAAGGCUGCGAUCGCCGAAGACAUGGUCAACGACAUGCGCUACGACGUGAAGAACAUGUACAAGACAAGCGGAUGCUUUCAGUACAUUGCUCGACACCCGUGGUUUGAAAACUUCACAAUGGUGGUCAUCGUCACCUAUGCCUUGUACAUGUCCUUCGACACGGAUUUGAACCAGGCAGCAAUUAUCACAGCCACUGCUCCAUUUUUCAUCAUCUCUGAGCAGCUUUUUUGCUUUUAUUUCACUCUGGAGCUCUUCAUUCGCUUCAUGGCGUUUGAGAGAAAGUGCAAUAGCUUCAAAGACGCCUGGUUUGUUUUCGACUUCGCACUUGUCUUCAUGAUGGUUGCCGAGACCUGGGUGAUGAACAUCGUCAUCCUGGCCAUGGCAGGAGCAAAUCCAGGGGCGAACUUUCUUGGCGAUGUGUCGAUCAUGCGCAUUGCGCGGCUGCUGCGGCUGACUCGCCUUUUGAGGAUGGCGCGGUUGAUCCGGUUCUUCCCGGAACUGCUGAUCAUGGUCAAAGCAGUCUGGAGUGCAGCACGAUCAGUGGGUUUCACCCUUGUUUUGCUAGGAAUUUGCCUUUACGUUUUUGCGAUAGCGUUCAGAACCACGUUGCCCAGAGAGUCAUCCAAUGUGGGGGAGCUAUACUUCAGAAACGUGCCGGCUGCCAUGCACACCCUCUUUGUGCAGGGCACUCUGCUCGAUUCAAUUUCCGAGUUGUUCAACGACAUGAUUAACGAGGAGGAGUGGGCGGGCCUGAUCAUUUUGUACGUUUUCAUAAUCAUUUCUGCUGUGACCGUCAUGAACAUGCUGAUCGGCGUCUUGUGCGAAGUCAUCACGGCAGUCGCAGACGCCGAGAAGGAAGCUCUACAGGUCAGCUGGACCACGGAGGUCCUGCAGACCUGCUUGCAACUGGGAGCGGAUGAGAAUAACGACGGCUGCAUUGAUUUCAACGAGUUCCAGCACAUGGUCUCCAACCAGAAGGUGCGGAAAGUCCUGCGCGAAGCAGACGUAGAUGUGCAAACCUUGGUCAACUUUGUGGAUGUCCUUUUUGAGAACAGCGGGGAUGAUGGUGGCUACUACGAGAAGGUGCCGUUCUCUGAGUUCAUGGAGCGGCUCCUGAAGCUUCGCGGGAGCAACACCGCCACAGUCAAAGACUUGGUGGACUUGAGAAAAUGGAUGAUGAGAGAGCUCUUGGAUCUCAAGACGCAGGUGGUGCGCACAGCAUCCCGCAUCGAGACAUCGCGUGUCGAGACGCCCAAAAGCAAACCUCGAUCAUCUUCAGCCCCGUACGGCUUACCCUUCGAAUUCGUGAUGCAGGUCUAG